CCAAUGAAACGGGUCCUCACUGAGGGCAGCAAGACGAGGGGCAAUAUGCUCGCCUCACCACGCUCCGCAAAAAAGAUGAAGCUCAACGGGUCCUUCAAGGAAAGCAACGGCGCCGCUCUCAGAGCUCCGAAUGGGCGUGCGGCUCUCGCGUCCAGCCAGCCGAAGAGUCAGUUCGAGGAGCAACUCGAGAAGCUAACCCAAGAAAUCAGUGGUCUCAAGGAGAACAACUCCGAGCGGGACCAACAAUGGGAGCGACCUGGUUUGGGCGACUUCGACGAGAAGAAAGACAAUCUCUGCUUCCAGCAGAUUGAUGCCGAAGAAGGUACCCUCAAUGGGGGCAAGACAACCGUGAAGCUCUUUGGUGUCACUGAGACCGGGCACUCGGUUCUCUUGCACGUUACCGGCUUCCGCCACUACAUGUACGUUGCUGCUCCAGCGGGCUUCACCCAAGCCGAUUGCCAGCCCUUGAAGGCAUACAUCGAGACGCGCCUAGAAUACCAUGCGCCGGCAGUGCAGUCCGUCCAGCUCGUGGCGAGAGAGAAUAUAUAUGGGUAUCAGGGAAACAUGCAGAGCCCUUACAUCAAAAUCACUGCCACGGACCCAAAAUACCUCAACGGGAAGUACGGCAUUCGCAAUGCUUUCGAAAGCGGCAAUGCGAACUACAACGGCCUCUGGAAAGGGCACGCGGAUGGAAUCUUGACAUUUGACGAGAUUCAAUACGUUUUGCGGUUCAUGAUCGAUUGUCAUAUUGCUGGUAUGUCGUGGGUCGAAGUUCCUGCAAACAAAUUCCGUAUGAUCCCGGAGAGAGAACGUCAUUCGAACUGCCAGAUCGAGGCAUCUGUACACUACACGGACCUUAUAGCACAUCCUGUUGACGGAGAAUGGGCAAAGAUGGCUCCGCUUCGGAUCCUGUCUUUCGAUAUCGAAUGUGCAGGCCGCAAAGGAAUCUUCCCCGAGGCCGAGCACGAUCAGGUCAUCCAAAUCGCAAAUGUCGUUACCAAGUACGGAUCAGAUAAACCCUUCGUGCGCAACGUCUUCUCCCUGGACACUUGCAGCCAAAUCGUGGCUACGCAAAUAUUCGAGUUUGCAAACGAAUCUCAAAUGCUCAUGAAAUGGAGAGACUUCUUGGAAGAGGUUGACCCCGAUGUCAUCAUUGGAUACAACAUCUCCAAUUUCGACUUUCCGUAUUUGCUAGAUCGAGCUAAGCAUCUGAAAGUGGCGAAAUUCCCGUAUUGGUCAAGACUCAAGAAUGUUCAGUCUGUUUCCACAGGGACGAAAUUCUCCAGUAAGCAGAUGGGCAACAGAAAAACACAGGCGACCAACACCAACGGAAGGCUCCAACUUGAUCUAUUACAGCUGGUACAGAGGGACCAUCAGUUGCGGAGUUACACGCUCAAUUCUGUUUGCGCACAUUUCUUGAAGGAGCAGAAAGAAGACGUUCAUCAUACCAUGAUCACGGAACUUUUCAACGGGGAUGCCAACUCUCGUCGAAGAUUAGCCGUGUACUGUCUCAAGGAUGCAUAUCUCCCCCAGAGAUUGCUGGACAAGCUUAUGUGCCUCGUCAACUACACAGAAAUGGCCAGAGUCACGGGAGUUCCAUUUAAUUUCCUUCUAUCUCGGGGUCAGCAAAUCAAGUUCCUCAGCCAGCUGUUCCGGAAAGCUUUGGAGCAGAAUCUUGUCAUCCCCAACCUUCGGAACGAAUCAUCGGAAGAUCAGUAUGAAGGAGCAACAGUCAUCGAGCCCACUCGUGGAUACUACGAUGUGCCCAUUGCAACUCUCGACUUUGCUUCACUUUAUCCUAGCAUCAUUCAGGCUCACAAUUUGUGCUACACAACUCUUCUCGAUAAGAAAAAAGUGGAGGCACACAACUUGGUCAAAGACAAGGACUACAUCGUUACUCCAAAUGGAGAUUUGUUCUGCACUUCGGAGGUCCGCAAAGGUCUUUUGAGCCAAAUUCUUGAAGAACUGCUUGGCGCACGAAAGCGAGCAAAAAGAGAGUUGGCGGUUGAAACGGAUCCAUUCAAGAAGGCUGUACUCAAUGGUCGUCAACUAGCUCUGAAGAUCAGCGCGAACAGUGUGUACGGUCUUACUGGUGCCACGAACGGAAAGCUUCCUUGCUUGGCCAUCGCCAGUAGUACUACCAGCUAUGGUCGACAAAUGAUUGAGAAGACCAAAGAUGAGGUUGAGAAGAAAUACACCAUAGCUAACGGAUACACUCAUGAUGCCCAAGUCAUCUACGGUGACACAGAUUCCGUGAUGGUCAAAUUUGGCACGGGGGAUUUGGCGGAGUCAAUGAAGCUUGGCCAAGAAGCUGCCGAUUACGUUUCUGAUAAGUUCAUCAAGCCGAUCAAACUUGAGUUCGAAAAAGUGUACUUCCCUUAUCUCCUGAUCAACAAGAAGCGAUACGCUGGUCUAUACUGGACGAAUCCCAACAAAUAUGACAAGAUGGACACCAAGGGUAUUGAGACGGUCCGACGAGAUAACUGCAGGCUGGUCCAAACGGUUAUUGAGACGUCUUUACGCAUGCUGCUGAUUGAUCGCGACGUCCAGGGUGCCCAAGAUUUCGUCAAGGAAACCAUCUCCGACCUCUUGCAGAACAAGGUUGACAUGUCGAACCUCGUCAUUACCAAAGCCUUGUCAAAAGACAAGUAUGAGAACGUCCAAGCUCAUGUUGAAUUGGCCAAGAGGAUGAAAAAGCGCGAUGCUGGAUCUGCACCCGCUCUGGGCGAUCGUGUUGCCUAUGUCAUUGUCAAGGGUGCAGCUGGUUCGAAGAAUUACGAAAAGUCGGAGGACCCUAUCUAUGUCCUAGAGAACAACAUUCCGAUCGAUACUAGAUACUACCUCGACAACCAACUAGCAAAACCACUGGGUCGUAUCUUCGAGCCUAUUCUGGGCGAGAAGAAGGCCGGCCAGCUUCUCACGGGUGAUCACACUCGCAGCAUAUCUGUUGCGGCCCCGACCAACAGCGGGCUCAUGAGGUUCGCGAAAAAGACGCAGACUUGCAUGGGAUGCAGAAAGCCCCUCGUUAGCCCCAUGGAGAGGGAAGGCGCUGUCUGCGAGAACUGCAGACCACGCUUCGGCGAGCUUUACCAAAAGACCCUCUCCAAGGUCUCGGAACUCGAGGUCAGGUUUGCCAGGCUGUGGACUCAGUGUCAGAGGUGCCAGGGGAGCAUCCACUGCGAGGUGAUUUGCAGUAGUAAGGAUUGCCCGAUCUUCUACAUGCGGAUGAAGGCGAAGAAGGAUGUCGAAGAUGCGGGGAAGGAGCUCGUGCGAUUCGACAAAGACGCUACGAUCUGGUAGACGAGUCAGUAGUACUACGGCUGCCUAAGCCGGUAAUCGGUGCAUCAUUGGCGUUCAUGUGGGAGUCGCUCAUUUCAUUUUAUAAGUACAGCUAGCGUUCAUGUUCUACAAUACCGUUUCUCUUUAUCAUCAUCUUGAGUGCUCAAUGCUGAUGUCAAGGCUGCCACUGGUAUGUAUAUUAUAUUAUCCGUGCUAGUACAAAGAGGUCUUCGCGGCGUAUGUAGGAACGAAUGACACGAAUGGGUUUUCUGUUUUCUCC